ACUGCCGUUAGAAGGAAAAGAAGGUAGAGAUUAGACAGAAGAACACUGGUGUGAGAAGUCGUCCUCAUUUCACAGCAGCAGUCGCCGGUCGCCACCUCUGCCGCCUGAAAUCUGACGCCCACAUCCCGCCACCGCCGUCCCCGGCCAGCCUCCAGAAUAAUUAAUUAUCGAACUAUCUAUCUGUCAAAUACUGGUACAAACAGCCUCCACUGCCUCCAAGGUUAGCUCAAGACCCUUGCUUUCUGAUUGUAUCUUCUACAACCAAAAAUAUUUUGAAUGAAAUGAAUGUAGUAUUAUCUAAGUUUUGAAAGAAAACAAUUCCAAUUGAUGAAUCAGUUUUAUUGAAGGUUUCGUGUUAAUGGACUGUAGACUUAUUUCUUUCAAUCGGAACGGUGGUUUAUUUGCUACCACAAAAACUAAUCCUCAACAGUUAUCACCUUAUUCUCAGCGAAGGUCAUUUCGGUGCGCUACAUAUUGCUCAAUGAAGUCCUACAAGCUUUCAGACCUUUCUAGGACUGAGGUUGAUAGCCUGAAAAGUCGUCCUCGAAUUGACUUUUCAUCCAUCUUCAGUGUGGUUCAACCCAUUGUUGAUGAUAUCCGGAGUAAAGGUGAUGCAGCUGUGAAGGACUACACGAUGCGGUUUGACAAAGUCAGACUAGACAACAUAGUGGAGAGUGUCAACGACCUUCCAGAUCCAGAGCUUGAUCCAGCUGUUCAAGAAGCCUUUGAUGUGGCUUACAAUAACAUUUUUGCUUUUCAUGCUGCCCAAAAGCCAGUUGAAAAAGUUGUUGAGAACAUGGAAGGUGUUAGAUGUAAAAGAGUGGCGAGAUGUAUUUCAUCCGUGGGUCUUUAUGUUCCUGGUGGCACUGCUGUGUUGCCUUCAACAGCUCUGAUGCUUUCAAUUCCCGCCCAGAUUGCUGGGUGCAAAACCAUUGUACUUGCAACCCCUCCUGCUCAAGACGGCAGCAUUUGUAAGGAGGUUCUUUAUUGUGCAAAGAAAGCUGGUGUUACUCAUAUCCUUAAAGCAGGAGGUGCUCAGGCAAUUUCAGCUAUGGCAUGGGGAACUGAAUCUUGCCCUAAGGUAGAAAAGGUAUAUGGACCUGGAAAUCAGUAUGUUACGGCUGCAAAAAUGAUUCUCCAGAACAGUGAGGCUAUGAUUUCAAUAGACAUGCCGGCUGGACCAUCAGAAGUGCUUGUCAUUGCUGAUAAGCAUGCCAGCCAUGUUCACAUAGCAGCAGAUCUGCUUUCACAGGCUGAGCAUGGACCUGAUAGCCAAGUUGUUCUUGUAGUUGCUGGAGAAGGUGUCGAUGUAACUGCAAUUGAGGAAGAAAUCAGCAAACAAUGUAACAGCCUUCCUAGGGGAGAGUUUGCUUCAAAAGCACUAAAUCACAGCUUUAUUGUUCAUGCACGAGAUGUGAUUGAGGCUAUUGCUUUUUCUAAUUUGUAUGCACCCGAGCAUUUAAUUAUCAACGUGAAAGAUGCUGAGAAGUGGGAAUCUUUCGUCGAGAACGCAGGUUCCGUGUUUUUGGGUCAGUGGACUCCUGAGAGUGUGGGAGACUAUGCAAGCGGCACCAAUCAUGUUCUACCAACGUACGGUUAUGCAAGGAUGUACGGUGGAGUGUCAUUAGAUUCGUUCUUGAAGUACAUUACAGUUCAGUCAUUGACAGAAGAAGGUCUAAGGAAACUCGGGCCUUAUGUAGCAACUAUGGCUGAAGUCGAGGGGCUCGAUGCACACAAGAGAGCUGUAACUCUCAGACUGCAGGAUAUCGAAGCUAGACAAGUAUCUGUCUGAGGUUCGUGCUCCUUUUUUAUCUUCUUGUAGAGCGACGGCCCUUAACUGCUACUCCUUAACAUUUUUGCUCUUUAUUGAUGUCGUACAAUUUACCUUGAGAAUCAACUGUGAUUUUUUUUUUUUUCACUUGAGUUGUGUUGUGUCCCUGAAUUUACAACUCUGAAGAUUAAUAAUUUCAUGUGUUCUGUUGAUA